AUGUCAUUCAGGGAGCGUCUGUCUGAAGGUGGCGGUUCCCCCAAGAUGAGAAAGAGGAAAAACCGCCCGUCGCAAGCAAAGAGACGUCGCUUCAGAGCGAGACUCGAGGCGAGCAAGAUGGAACUUGAACAGGCGCUUCCCAAGCCUACUGUUCCAGCCGCUUCCGCCCAGGGUACACCUCUCGCAGCGUCUUCGAGCUCGACGCCGUUAUCAAUUUCGGCUCCGGUCUACCUUCCUGCCCAUCUGGCGGAGCAGGAGCUGCACAGUGGCCGUCUUUCUCUGGCUCCCUUGCCCAUCAAAAAGGACAUUGAUCCCCCGGAGGACUGCGGUACGGGUUCGCAAGAAAAUGAUGCUCCUCGACGGCGUGACGUCUAG